AUGGAGACCUCACGCCCAAAACCCCCCUCACCACCGGUCUACCCCCAGGAAGACGACGGCAUCCACAACCACUUCUAUCAGAUCCAGGCGGACGACCAGCGUCCCAUCGCCUGGUACCGCCGCAGGCGCUGCUUCUACCUCUCCGUCGCCCUCGCCGCCCUCCUCCUCAUCGCCAUCAGCGCCGGCGUCGCCUCCGUGAUCAUCAUAUCCAGGCAUAAAUCCAGCCACCAGCAUGACGAGCACGAAGCGAGCACGCCCCCGCCGGUGCUGACUACAAGCUCUAGUAUAUCAGAGGCGUCCAGCUCGUCUUCAACGACAUCAACAACGGAGCCGCCUUCUACGACGAUCGUGUCCUCGAUCGUCACCGUCACAUUCACGAAGUCGGAGGAGUCCAAGGCGGUGGAGACAACAGUGAUUACGCUGACGGCUACGCAGACAGAGUCCGAUCAGGACAUUGGCAAGAUGCUAUCCUCGAUGCUUUCGCCGUUUCCCAUCUUCACAACCGAGGUGGUGACCGUCACCGCAGACGAAUCAACCACCUCCGUGUCGUCAAGCUCAGAAACAUCCUCCAAAACAACCUCGAGCACAUCCACUUCCUCAUCCUCUACUCAAACAUCUUCAUCAUCACCCAGCCCCAGCCUACUACCUCACUCUCUCUCCAAUACCUCUAAUCUUGCGGCGGUCGAUGUGAAAAUUGGCCCAUCCAACCUGCACCGAAGACUCAUCGUCUGGCAAGAUGAGGAUACAAAUAUCAUCGCCCGUGACUCGGCCAACGGCAAGUCAAAAGUAUAUCGCGUCAAUGAUAAGCUUGCCGAGAAGGGGGUCAAAGCCAGGCCCGGCACCCAUCUCGCCGCCGCCGCUGAUGAUAGCGGCGCGAUCCACGUCUUCUAUAUUGCAAGCGAUGGGGAUGAGGGCGGGGACGAAGCAACCUCAGUGUCCCAUCUUGUGCAGCGGGAAGCAGGUGAGUGGGAGUCAAGAGGGCAGCGGGUCAAUGUGACCGGUGACUCGUCCCUGUCGGCCACAUGGCAUCAGAGCGGAAAUGGAACACAGGCUGUUGUGCUUGGAUUUCAAAGCCCCAAAAAUAAGAUAUGUAUGCUCAUUCUCGGAGAUGGAAAUGAGGAUCCCGAGUCGGAUGAAGAGAUCGUCGAUGUAACACAGCUGUUGAAUCUUGAUACCGACGGAUGGAGCGCCAUCGGGCUAUCGAUAGCGAGCGGUGUCCCUCUAGGCAACGCCAACAAUCGAAACAAGAUUGGCGUCGUGGGAGUGUAUGUUUUAAUGGAGGGCGAGAAUGAAGCACUUGUCGCAGAAUGCUUGAUCGGUAAUUCGUCCAAGAGCAGUAAUGCGCAAAGCGAGUGCCGAUGGUUGGAGGGUGUUUUCACGAACGCAGACGGCGAACCGGUAGAGAUCUCCUCUCACCCAACCCAGCUUGCCUGGACGCUGGUCCAUCCUAGUACUGAUGUUCCACCAACUAUCCAUGGAUUUCUCACUCUCAGUGCGGAAGGAUCCACGAUCGAUGAUCAUCGCCUCGUCGAAGGGUUCGAUGACUCGAAGCGAGCCGAGGCGGAAACCACGACUUCAGCGACAGAAGCACGCAGUACAAUGGUGUCGUACAAGGUAGAAGAGGCCGAGAUCGAGGCUAUGGCCAUGGCGGACGAGAGGACACUUCUUGUGCGGGCUGGCACUCGGUUGUUCGAAUUUUCGUUCGUGGAUGGAGGGUGGCAGGACAGGCGUGAGAUCGAGACGGUGUUGUCCGCGGAGGAGGACUAG